UACUAAGCUAAGAGCUAUAAAUUGCUAUUAAAGUGUAAGAAUUAACCUGUGCUUGUCAACAGAUGUGCUUCGCUCUGGCAAACCAUUUGUGCGACAGCCAUUUCUGAUAGCUUGACAGAUAAAUGCACUACCAUGCUUUUGCAUUAAGCUUGUUUCACUUCAGUCAUGAUGCGCAGUUGAGUGCAAGACAGCUUACAGUUUUAUUCUGCAUUUUAGAUAAAAAAAAUAUAUAUAUUUUCAAGUUGAUCUAUAAGUUGAGUUUAGUGAAGUUGAAUUCUUUACAUUCCACAGACGAAGGUUUUGUUGCUCUAGUCCAGUGCAAAGAAUCUCUGGCCUCUGAUGAUUUACAUUAUAUGGAUUCUGUCCUGCUUUAUACCACAUUUCUUGUUUAUAGACUAUGUAUUGUUCAUUUGUUUUUAUAUGACAUCGGUUUUAGUCUUGUUUUUAGACACUGUUAGAGGUUCAAAAUGUGCAACUAGCAUGUAGAGAUCAUUUUAGAGGGUCAUUUUGCAACACAUGCUUUGGUUUAGGAGUGAUUCUGCUUGAUUCUACUACAGAUAUAUAUCAGUGAAAGGUACUUGCUGAUACACAAGCACAGUUACAAUUUCAGAAGCACAAAGAUUGUAAUCAAUCGAUUCUGAGUGUUCAAUCGGAAAGGAAUUCAGUUGUUCUUCAAAUGUCAUUAAGCUGCAUAUUUUUUAUAAAUCACAUGACCAUAAGGGUUUCCCCUUAUAUGUGUCCUCACAUGUCUCCUAUAAAUACAACUGUUGAUCUAUUCGCCUGCCAGUGUUUAAGGUUGUCUGGAACUGGAAGGACCAUAAAAACACAACACAUUGCUUUGUAAGCUGAAAUACUCCCCAUGCGAUCAACCAGUCACAAAAGAUACACAAAUGUCUUCAAAAAGCAUGGAUCCAGUUGGAGUGAAUUCCAUAGAGACUGCAGCUCUAGGGAGACCCUUCCAGCUGGGGAUGCUGUAUGACUGCAGGAGAGAGAAAAUCGUACCAGGAAUCAGACUUUGGAGUAAAAAACAGCUUCAGCAGAACAUAAUCACUAAACCCCAAAUUAAUACAGAUUUCAAAGUCACAUCUUUAGACUCAAUUAAAGAAAAAUCUAGAUUGCUGAAUAUUGGUGGUUGUCUGAAACUGAGUCUUUUUGGUGGACUCAUCGAUGUAAGUGGAGCUGCCAAUUAUCUCAAGGACACCAAGACAUCUUUCAAUCAACAGAGACUGACAUUACAUUAUCAUACAACCACUAAGUUUGAAGAGCUGAUCAUAAACCACUUUGCUUCUGGAGACAUGGCUCACUAUGAGAAUGAUGUAGCCACACAUGUAGUGACAGCAGUGCUGUACGGAGCAGAUGCCUGCUUUGUUUUUGAUAGAGAAGUUUCUUCAGAUGAAGACAAAAGAGUGUUAGCAGGAGAAGUAAAAGCUGCAUUCGAGCUGCUAAAAGGUAUUUCAGUUGGAGCAAACAUUAAUCUGAAUGACAAUCAGAAGACUGUUGCCCAAAAAUUCAGUUGUAAAUUUUAUGGCGACUUCCAGCUACCAUGUAACCCGACCUCUUUUGAAGAUGCCAUGAAGGUUUUUGAAGAUCUUCCAAAACUGCUGGGGGAAAAAAAAGAGCUUGCGGUUCCACUGAGAGUUUGGCUUUAUCCUUUGGACAAACUUUUCUCAAGAGUUGUAAAAUUUCAACAUGAAAUCAGCACAGGUUUAAGCACAGACAUUGAAUCUGUUAUUGAGAGUUUAAGUACAACUGAGAUGAAAUGCAGUGAUCUUCUGAGAGACACACCUGCUUCGACAUUUACUGCAUUUCAUGACAAAAUCAAUGACAUGAAGAAAAACUGCUACCAGUUCAGGCUGAGUCUUGUGGAUAAACUUGGCUCUCUCUUACCAAAGAUCCGUGGAAAAUUUAUAGAGGAUUCAGCAUUGAUCGAUCUUCUAAAUUAUCAUGUGGAAUCUCCAUUUGAAAGAAGCGCUCUUGAACAAUGGCUGAAAGAGAAAGAGGAAGAAUCUGACAUCAUUAAAACAUUGCUCACACAACUGAAUGACUCAGGAGCAAUGGUAGAAAUCAACCUCAAUAAAAAUUUGAUGAAUCUGGAAGUUAAACAUUUGGUCAGCUACACUUUCACAUCAUUGGACUGGCCAGAUCUGCUGCUUUCUAAACAAAAGGCCUUCCUGACUCCUUCAACAACAGGAAAAAAUGAAGAAAAUAAGACUUGGCUUACACCUGACAUUCAAAAAACAAUGAGGAACAACUUGAAGGUUUUUAAAAACUUGAUUGAUGUAAAUGAUUGCACAUCAGCCAAAUUCAUUGUUGCAUCAAAAGAAAUUAAAAAUAAUCCAGGUUCCUGCAUACUGCUGUAUGAAAAUGAAUCUAAUGAAGCUGUUUGCUUCACUCCUCCAUCAAAACCAGACUGUCCAAUCAUUGAAGAUGUCAGAUGUACUCAAGUGGUUCUGAAAGUGUCUCCACCGUGUCCUGCUACAGAGGAGCUCAAACUACUGUACAAAAUGAAGGAAGAGGAAGACUGGAGAUCUCAAACUGUGUCAAAGAACCAGAAUACAGUUACUCUGACUGAUCUCAGACCAGAUACUGAGUACAAUAUUAAAUGUGCAGCAGUGGGAAAACUCAACUACACCGUAGACAGUGAUGUGACGCGUCUCACAGUCAUAAACCAGAAUCUCAUCAAGGCAAAAGAGUCUGCUAUCAAAAAUCUAAUCUGGACUGAAAACAAGUGCAGUGAACUUCUGGAAAACACCAGGGAAACAAUGUUUAGUACACUUCAUAAGAAAAUACAAAAUAUGCAGCAAAACUGCCAAAUGUACCGACAAGAAUUCAGUGACCGAAUCAAAUCUGUGAUCCAGUCAGUUAAAGAUUGUGAAAAAGAGUCUUGUGCUCUGAAGGAUCUUCUACAAGCUCAUGAUGAGUCUCCAUUCAAUGAAAAGAGUCUGAAAGAGUGGAUCACAGUGAAAGAAAAAGAAUUGAACACUGUUAAUGAGUUUCUUCGACAGUUAAUGGACUUUGGAGCCGAAGUGAACAGAAGUUUGGACUCAUAUCUGUCAGAUAUUCAGGUGGAGAACGUGUUUUGUUACACUUUCAGUUCUCUGGAGCAGAUGGAUGAGUUUCUUAAUGAACAAGAAAAUUACAUGAAUCCUCGAAUGAUGGGAAAUCCACAGAAGAAAUCUGGUGUGGCGUCCCAAUCAUGGCUUACUGAAAGAAUCAGGGAGAAAAUGAGAGAACAUCUGAAAACAUUUAAAGAGCUGAUGGUGUCAUGUAGGAGUGAAAGCACUAAAUUUAUGGUUUCCAUAAAAGACCAUGAAAAGCAUCCAGGUUCCUGCAUUCUUCUGUAUACAAAUGGAUCUAAUGAAGCUGUUUACUUCACUUCUCCACCAAAACCAGACUGUCCAAUCACAGUCCAACAGGUCAGACAUAGGCAAGUUGUUCUGAAAGUGUCUCCACCGUGUCCUGCUACAGAGGAGCUCAAACUACUGUACAAAAUGAAGGAAGAGGAAGACUGGAGAUCUCAAACUGUGUCAAAGAACCAGAAUACAGUUACUCUGACUGAUCUCAGACCAGAUACUGAGUACAAUAUUAAAUGUGCAGCAGUGAGAAAACUCAACUACAUCACUGAAUCUGAUGUCACCACAAUCAUUACAAAGAACAUAAAUGAUCUCAUUAAGAAAAGCAUUUUAAUUGAAGAUGGAAAUCCUGCUCGAUACAGUCUACAAACAAGUUCAGUCAAUUUGAAUCAAUCUAAACUGUAUAAAAAAAUGACCUUCAGAGAGAGAGACACAAACAAACCCAAUAAAACUAUUCUUAUGGUGGGAGAAACAGGAACAGGAAAAACAACCCUGAUCAAUGUGAUGAUCAACUACAUGUUGGGUGUUCAGAGAGAAGACAAGGUUUGGUUUGAGAUCACAGAUGAUCAGAGUAACCGAACACAACAUCACAGUCAGACCUCCAACAUCACUGUUUAUGAGUUUUAUCUACAAGAGAGUCCAAUCCAUUUAACAAUCAUCGACACUCCAGGAUAUGGAAACACAUGUGAUAUUCAGAAUGAUAAAGAGAUCGCUGAGAGUUUGCUUAGUUUAAGUACAUCUGAAGAAGGAAUUCAGGAAAUAGAUGCAGUGUGUCUGGUGAUUAAAGCAACUCAGAAUCGACUCUCUGACAGACAAAUAUACAUAUUUGAUGCUGUUCAGUCUUUAUUCGGAAGAGAUAUUGCUGAAAACAUUGUCCUGCUCUUCACACACUCACGUGGAGCUAUCCCUAAAAAUGUCCUGACGGCUGUUGAAAAGAAUAAAAUCAAGUGUGCAGUGAAUGAUGAGAAUCAGCCAGUGUUUUUCCUGUUUGACAACUGUCAAUCAGAAGAGGCUGAUGAAGAUGAUGUACAGUGGCUGGCUCAAUCAUGGAAUCUCAGUUUUAGAGGUAUGGCAAGUUUGUUCAAGUUUCUUGACAAUAUGAAACCAAAACCCCUCAAAAUGACUCAAGAUGUUUUGCUGAAACGGAAGCAGUUGGAGGCAAAUAUCUCCAAUUUACGAUCACAUGUUCAAUUGGUGAAACUAAAGCAAAAUGAGCUGAAACAAACUCAAGAACAAUUAAAAAAGAAAUGUAAGAUUGAUUCUUUGGUGGUCAUGAAUCUGGAAAAAGAACUGCAAGAAUUAAAGAAAGAGAAAAUAAAGCUGGUGAUUGAAGCUUUUGACCAUGUGGAAACUCUGGAAAUGAUCGCUCUCAACACUGAUUCUCUACUCACUCUUCAGCACAUUGAUUUUCUGAUUGAGAAGCUGAAGGAAAUAAAUGAACCUGAAAAAGCAGAAACACUGGAAAACAUCAAAAAGAGAGCAGGAGAAAAAAAGUAGGAGUACUGGUAUACAUUACAAGAUUGUGAUGAUUAAAGAACUCUACAGACAGAACUCUAAAGACAGGAUCCCGAAAAUGUUUCUGCUUCUUACAAAAUGUCCUUCAGAUGAUGUUGAUAUGAUUGUAAUUGUAAUUUUGAAACCCACAUUAUUAUAUAAUCAAAUGUUUGCAUUUUUUUCAAUUGUAAGUAGCUUUGUAAUAACAGCAUCUGCUAUAUUAACUGAUGUAAAAUACAAUAUUGAUUAUUUUCCUGAAAUACAGAUUCAGUACUGGAAUGCAGGAAAACUGACAGCAUCAUCAAGUUUACACUAAGAUACUAUAGCAGUAAAAUAUAGAAAAUAUAGCAGUGAUACUGUAAAAGCAACAAAUUGAAACAAAUUUUCUGAAAAUUAUGUUCAUGUGUAAGAGGCAGUUUAAAGACUGUUUGCAAUUGUAUUAUUAAGUACGGCCGCCUAGAGGCUGAUGUGAGAAAAUGUUGAGUCCCUGAAUCCCAUCUGGAUUCUGCUGUUCAUCUUCUAUGACAUUUUUGGGGCUCACUUGUUUAUUGCUUUAUUGAAAUAUUGCCGUCUUUGAAAUUGUUAUAAAAAGUUGUCAUAUGAAUGAAAAUAUGCAGACUGAGAGAAUAUGAAAUGCUUUCACUUAUGCUUAUAUCAAUAAAUAAAGUUGAUUUUGUCGCAGAAUUUUGUGUUCAUUCAACUGUGAAAUACUACAGUAACAAUGCAGGAAUCAAUAUUACAGUUUUUCUAUUGCUAAGGCACUUUCACUUAAACAUUACCAAUGUUGUUACCAACCAACAAAUGGCUCUGAUAAACAUGUAAACGCAGUUUUUAAAAUUACUUACAAACUAAAAAAGUGGUACUUGAGGCCCACUCAGUGAAUCCAUUUACUCAUGUACCUAAUCUUCAGACCAAGUAUGCAAAACUGCAGGAACAUUAUAUGAUUUACACUCAGUUUGUAACUUUUUGCGAAAUGCUCAACAGUUCUCUACGAUAAAUUAGUGUAAAUACCAUACUCAUUUACCAAUU